UUGGUCUGUCGUGCAAGAAAGAGCAAAUGUACACUGGACACAGCAGAUGGAGAACCUCAACCACCGUGUCUGCGAUGCCGUAAAGAGAACAAGCAGUGUGUCAUCGGCAGCAGUAAUCGCGGUGGCAGGAGGGUCCGAAGGUCUACGAUAGCUUCACAACAGCUACAGGGCCAAAAUCAGGGCCCGGCCCGGGCUAGUACUCAAUCUCAGCCUCAGUCUCAGUCUGGUCUGCAGACCCAGAAAACGCCUAACAAUGACGAAAGUACACAAGAAAUCUCCUGGUCCUCUGGACGAUCAUCGAGCUCUGAUAACAUACCCUUUAACGAGUUGCAGAAUCCUUCGGAUGCUCUCGACAUACUGGCUCAGAUCGCAAGUAAUGACAACAAUAACUCAACGCGGCAGCCUACAUGGCAAGAAAGACAACGAAACCACAGUCUCCGUGCAAACUCUCUGUUUCCGAACGCCUGGAAUAACGAUAGUCUAGAUUAUCAUCUAGUGCGGUCAGGCGCUCUAUCGUCAGCCAAGAUCUCUCAGUUGAUUGAACGUUAUCGUCAACACUACCACCCUUAUUUCUCGAUUGCCCCUCCCAGUACCCUGGACACCACGAAUCUAGCGAAUACAGCCAAAGAUGAGCCUCACCUGUUGACAGCAAUGCUAGUGAUUGCUUCGAAGGAUCUUAUGGAGGAGCCACAUGUUUUCAAGGCGUGCUCAGAAUACAUGCAGUCAUUGGUGUCUGCGUUGGUCGCUGGUGGUCCGGGAGGAGUGGAAGCAGUCGAAAGUCUGCUUGUGCUUGCCGAAUGGACGCCUUAUACAUCAAGAAGCCGUGCAGGAAAUGUUGGACGCGGAGAAGAAGACCGCGAAGCUUGGAUGCAUGUUGGUACUGCUCUGCGUAUCGGUUACUACCUGGGUCUCGACAAGUAUUCGUUCCCUGUGGCGGAAGACAGUAAAGACCCUCAUUGGAAGCGAAAACGCCUAGUCUGGACUUGUUGCUACAUAUCGGACAGACAGAUCUCGAUUCGCAUAGGCCGCGCCUUCUGGAGUCGAGGACCAGGACCGGGUCUAGCAAUUCGAAAAGAGGACUUCCCUUAUCAGCCUCAGAACCCUGGAGACGAAGACUUUCCAAAUCUGUUCCAGGCUACGUUGGAGUUGACAUUACUUUUCAGUAAUGUGCACGACGUUCUAUACAGUAGCCCUGGAAAUAGUCUGCGGAACCAUCUCACCGGAGGUUACUACAUCAAGAUGGAUUUCCGCAGUGCAUAUUAUGGCUGGAACGCUGUGUACGGCACCAUGACAUGUUCACCAAACCUCAAGGCUAUGUUGCUGAUGUCAUACGACUACUUACGGCUCUAUACCAACGCGUUUGCAUUUCAUGCCACGAUCCGCCGUGCAUUGCCCGAGGGAGAAAACGGGAAACCAUCCUUCAGUCGAGUCUUCUACAAUAAUGUUGGUGCUGUAGGAGAUGCGCGGUUCAUAUAUGAGGGACUCGAUGCCGCGAAGAGUCUUCUUACCACGAUGAACAACUUUGUGGAUGCUGAAAGGAUGUUGCGAUAUAUGCCAUUGAGGUUCUAUCUUUUCACCGUCUAUGCAGGUGUAUUUUUGUACCAUGCACGCUGUGUUGGUGUCAUGGCACCGGAAGAAGAGUCAUCGGUGAGAAGAAUGAUUCAGCAGACAGUGACCGUUCUUCAAAGAUCGGGGGUAGGCGACAGCCAUCCGGGAAGCCGGUACUCGAAACUGCUGAAACUGCUAUGGGAUAAGGUCGAUCGAAAGUCUCACAAAGACUCGCGAGCUGCGCGUUCGCUUGCCACGCUCGAGAACCCGUAUCGACCUGUCAGCGCAAGUGCAGCGACGCCUGCAUCAAAUUCUGUCGCAUCUGCUUCAGUAGAGUCGCCGGCGAUCGUAGAUCAGAUGGGUGACUUUAGCUGGACCGAUCUAGAAGGCAUAUCGAACUUUGCAGUCAACGGAAACGAGGGUAUAUCAACAGAUGCCGAGUGGUGGACUGGAUUCCUUCCAACAGACAGCGGUCCUCUCGGACCACUGAGUGGGUUGGGUUCGAUGGACAAUUGGAGUUUCAGC